UUCACAUCGCCACAGUUGUCUUACAAAAUGGCGACAGAGAAGUUUUUGUAAACAAAAUAAGUGAGAAAUGUAGUUGGCCUUUUGCAGCACAGCGUUGCUCAGCCACAGAGUGAGGAGAGCUGGUUGUGAAAGCCGUUGUUACAUCAUGGAUGUAGUUCUAGCAGUGUUGAGGCCGAAGCAAAGCCAGGCUACCCAGAGUCAGAGCUACAGGCCUCAGCUCUAUGAAAUCCUGCUUCUGGACAGCAAGACCCCUCAAGGGGAAAAGGUGAAGCCAGCCAAGUACCUCCCGAUGCUGCCCAUGAAGACUGUGGAGGAAGAACCAAGGGAACUGGUGCUUACACAGGUCUACAGACUCACGGGCAUUAAAGGUGAGAGGGCUCUGCAAGUCCAGUGGAACCAGGAUGUUCCUGGGUCCUUGAGGGAAUCCCUGUCUCAGUUUUGCCUCUUCUUUGUUCCGGUCAGUCUUAAUGACAAGGUGAACAAAAAGUUUGUAGAACAAGCUCAGAACACCCCAGGUUUCUACCCCUUGGAAUAUGUCAAUGAAGCUCUAGCAAAUGGAUCAGUUCACUUUCCAUCACCAACUCGCACUUUCUUGUCUCAUUUAGAAAGCUGGCUGAGAGACAAGCACCAGCGAAGCACAGCCAUCGAAUGCAUGUUCCGACCAAGAGCCGAGUUUCGCAUCCACCUCACCGUGCACAACCCGGCGUUCAUUCCCAGCCGCAUCACACCAGAGGGCGAGGGGGCCAGCAGUAGUAAGGUGGCCCAGUUACCGCCCAAGAUCCAGCUGACGGCCAACGAGGCCUUAGCCAAGAUGUUGGCCAUUGAGAAAUGUGAUACGGUUGUGAUGAAUCCUCUGUUCGGCUCCGGCCUGCCUUAUAAAACUAAGGUCAACUCCUUUGAAGUAAAUGACCACUGGCUUCGUAUGCCCAACUAUCGCAAUAUAAGCAUUCCUUCACCGCCGCCAAAUAACCCAUCGGCUUCCCGAUGGAGAGAGAAAUUCCCUCUGCAUGCUUUUGCAGCUGCAGGGGAUAAAGAAGAAGUAGGGAUUCUGCUCAAGAAAGGGUACAGUCCCUCAGAGACAGACUCAAACUCUCUUGCACCCAUUCACUACGCAGCUUGGUAUGGCUGUAUCAGUGUGGUGGAACAGCUCAUUAGUGCUGGCUGCUCACCCAACACGGUGGACGGAGAGAACAGCACACCUCUUCACAUGGCCGCCAAGAAGGGCAAUGUACAGCUGGCCCAGUGUCUGCUGCGAAGAAUUGACAUAGAUUUGAACAUUCGGGACAAAGAUGGGAAACGAGCCAUCGAUGUUUGUUCGACUGUGCAUAACCGUACCUCACGCCAUGAGCAAGUUGAGCAACUGAUCAAAGAUGCAGCUCAGAGACCUAACUUAUCAAUUGAAGUUUUUCUCAUGGACAACAGCAGCAAAAGUCUACAGCUUUCCUCUGGGUACAAAACCACUGUCCAACAGCUGAAUGAGCAGAUGAUGAAGGAAUUUAACCUGCCCAUGAAGUACUCCGACAUCUUCACUCUUUGGAUUUGUUCUAAGAGUUUAGAGCUGCAGCUGAAGCUUGAGCAUGAGGUUGUGAAGGAGCUGCAGCAGUGGCAUACACGCAGCGUGAACAUGUUGACCGAGGCCCGCAACCCCUCGGAGGAGGAGCCUUCACUCAAGUGGAGGAGGAAUGUCAAGGUCAGCGUGGACAAGGAGAAGCAGGUUCAACAUCCAAAGGCACUAGACCUACUAUUCCACGAGGCCUACUACAACUACAUCAAUGGCCUCUAUCCGUGCAAGGACCGGGACAUUGUGACCUUUGCCUCCAUCAUCUUUGCCAUACAGCACCACGGGACUGGGAGUGUCAAGUCCGUUCUUUCCACUCUAAACAUGGGCCAGCUGAAGGAGAUGAUCCCUGCUGCCUCACUGAGGAACAACCAGCUGAGCCACUGGAUCAAACAGAUCUCUAAAGAGUACAACAAUGUCAAGGACAUUCCACAGCAGCAACUCAAGUCACACUUUCUAAGCAUCUGCCAGCGUCUGAUGGUCUAUGGAUCUGCAUUCUUCACUGGCAACAUCACGUCACAUCAACGCAAGUCAUCCAUUCCUAGUGCCCCCUGCUUUGUCGGGGUCAAUGACCUGGGCAUACAUAUCAUCAACAUCCAAACUAAGCAAAUGGUGGAGUCAUUAGAGUAUGGGGAAAUUGUGUGGAAACAUAUCUUUGAACGCUCUUUGUUAGAGGUAACUUUGAUCAAGCCCGAGUCUCGAGAUGGCCGCAGUCCACGGGGACUAGCCUCCAGGGGCGUCUAUGAGAUACGAACCCGUCAGGCGGGGCUCAUAGAUCAUCUGAUGCAACAGCUGAAGCGCAUGCAUGGGGACAAUGUGGUCAGAUGAACGGGGCUUGCAGGUUGUGAACAAGAUGUAGUGGACCCUUCGUGUCUAAAUGUGUGUGUGUAGGACUCGUAUUGUUGAAGUGCAAAGAUACAUUGCCACUGAUGUGUGCUGGAUAAAUUUUCUGUGGGAUCCAGAAGUGGCUUGUGAAUGGUUGCCGAGUGCUCUACUCUUUUCAAGUCAGUCAAGUCCACUUGGAGAGGAGCUAUGAGGCCUUCCAUUCGUAAUAACAAACUGUUGGAAGUGGUGUAAAAUAAUGUGCUAUAUGACAGAACUAGGCUCAGCCUCCAUAGAUCUGUCUUCAUGAUGUUUUUAUGCAGUGAAAAUAUUUCCUGAGAAGUACUUACUGUUUUCAAUAUAUAUUGUUUGACUGUACUACUUUUUCUAAAUGCCAAAAAGUUUGGAAUUUUCAGCAGAUAUCUAAUGACUUUGGAUACAUUAUGUGGGCGGGUACAUGAUAUGGAUUUUGUGGUUUGUCCUACUUGCAUGGGAUAAUGCUCUGGGGACAUGUGUUCUUUAAAAUAAUGAGUGACGUUAGCCCAUGGUAUAACUCUAGUUACAGAAUAACUGCAGUUGAUUGAUGGUGAGCUUUGUCCAAAUCAGUGUCCUAUUUUGGAAAUGAGAAUAAACCAAAAAAGAUUAUAAAUGACUGCUUAUAUGGAGAAUUUAGCAUGAAGGAAGAACUUACUAUACUUUAUUAUAUCUUGGACUGACUAGGAUUUAACCGAAAGAAAAAGUGCAUGAUAGUGCUUGGUUGUUUGUGUCUGUUGGUUGGUAGAAAGUGAAAGGGACUGGGAGGGAGUUUCUUUUCUGAACUAAAAUACACCCACUGUCUUUUAUUUUGUCUUUCAGAUGGGUAUUUUUGACUUUUGCAUCAUGACAUACCCCUUUCCUUACCUAAUAAAAUGUUAACAGGGCUGUUACUCUGGUUUGUAGUGCUCCUUAUGGCACAGAAGGAAUAAUUGUAUGGAAGCUUUUUGUCGCUACUUCAUGUCAUAUCAAAAUUUUCACUCCAGAGGGAUGAAACGUCCCAAGUUCUUCUAUUUGCUUGCAAAGGGCUCAUCUGGUACUCAUAUAGAGGCUUUGUAUAGAAGAGAGGCUAGUUUAAUCUCAAAUUAUGUGAUGGGUCUUGUCAUCAGCAUAUAUAUAUAUGUGUCAUGACGUGGUGGAGUUGGGUGCUCGUCAGUUUUUGGGUAUGUCGAGUAAUUGGCAUCAUCUUAAAUAUUGUUUACAGGUCUGUCUUCCGAUGAAAAGAUACUCAUCUACCUUGAAUAGAUAUGGAGAUACUUGUGAUUAAAGGAGCUGGGGAUCGCCUUGUUUCAAAAGUUAAAUUAGCAAGAAAAUGGCGGCCAAAUUUUGGCCAGAGUUUGAGUGUCCUUGAAAAUUGCAAAUUUGCUUUUUUCUUGUGCCUUUGAUUAAUGCUUUUCCAGUAAAGUCCACAUAGAAAUGUGUUUUUUAAAUGGACAUGAAAGGUGUUUAGCCAAAACCCAAAAAUUAAAAAUAAACGAAAACUGCCGAAAGGUUAGAAAAAUGGUGGUUUCUUUGAUUUAAUUAUAUUAUUUUGAGGAGAGCCUAAUUUCACCACGUUGCCUCACAUAUAUAUCUAUAUAUAUAUAUAAUGUACAUAUGGUGCUUGGAGGGUAAUGUGGGAGCUCCUCUCCUACUCGGAAGGUUUGAAUUGUAAUUUGAAUUGUAAUAUAGUCCUGGGCUCGCAAUGUUUACAGUUAUGUCAUUGGUUUAUUUUUCACUGUGUUUUUUUUAAUUGUCAAACUUUAUAAAGCGAAAUGUGAUUACCAUAAAGGCCUGAUAAAUAAAUGUAUGGAAUAUACUCACUUGCAUAUAUUCACCUUUUGCAAGGUGUUGUGGAUAUGAGGGUUAUGUGUGAAUGCAGUGCUUGUGACUGGUUGAGAUGGUGAGGAUGCAUGUCGUCAAAUACAUUAGAAAUACAUUAGAAAUACAUUAAAAGUACAUUGCAUUAGUUCACGAGAGACUCUGCCUGGGAUGACGCUUGAGGAAAUUUGCUGUUCGUUUUCUUAAGCCUCAAUCUCAUCAUGUUGUGAUAAAGGAUCUGUUUACGGUUCUGGGACUACUUCAAGUAAAACAUUUUCCGAGACACUUAAUGCAUUGCUGCAUCAAGAAGAUGACUUUUUAUUAUUUUUAAAAACGCAAUCUCAAUGUAGGCCUAUCAUGCUAAAAUUUCUGGAACUAUGUUGUUUUAGUGUUGACCGACUUAUGAACUUGUACGUGUUAUGUGUUUGCAUGUCGACUUUGAAACUGUUUUUAGAAAUAAAAAAAAGUGUCAUAAUGAUUAAGUUCCAACAGAUAUGCAUUAACUCUGUCUGCCAUGUGCCUUACACACACAUUUUGUGUGAUUUCAUUAUUUUUGUUUCUUGUCUGGUUACCUGUUCGAAUAAUGAGUUUUGAUCCUAUGGAUACUUUAGGUAUCAAUAUGUAUAAGUUAUGGUCCUUGCCUCUGUAGGUUAUGGUGUAAUAUUUUGUUUAGAAUGUAGGGGCCUGUACGUAAGACUGACAAGUUUUAUUGUUGACUUAAUAAUCGUUUGACUUGUUUUAAAGAAAAAUUGUUUAUGUCAGUUUGAUAUUUCUUUUUAUAACUGAUGGGUAAAGAUGCACAACUUUCUUUGUCGAGAAAAGCAUUUGUUGUGUUGAUGUAGUUUGUGGAGAUUAGAUUGUUCUAGUAAUUUGAAAUGUGUUUCUAUCAGCAAAUUGGUUUAGUGUAUGGUAGAAAAAAUAUGCAGUGCUAAAAGUUCUGGUUGGUGUGUGUUCAUAUUAUGAUAUUUGUGUGCGUGCGUGUGCGUACACCUUGUUUUUGUACACGUGUGUGUGUGAAUGUAAAUGAGUUUUUUUCAAUAAGUGUGUAUGUGAGAGUGAGUGAGA